GGAGGGAGGUGCAGGGCUCGGGGGGUGUAAAAGAUCUUUUGUGAGGGCUGAGAGUUAAUCACUUGAGCGGCACACGCCAGUUCUAUGGAGCACAUGUUGUACACUGGAUCCCCUGAGAGGAGUGGGAGGGCCAAAAGCACACACAUACACACGCUUGCAUUUACAUGUCAGUUAUGAUGCAAAGCUGGUUACAGGCUGAAAAGAAAAGUAGGAGGAUCCACCCCCUUCACAAACAGUUAGCAGACCCUGGCUGUGGUUAUAGUGUUUGCAUUUGCUGCUCGCUCAUUCAUACACACCUCUUUCUCUCUCUGUCUCUCUCACACACACACACACACACAUACAGAGACAUGCAUAUGUCUGCGUUUUUUUGUUUUCUUCAGGACUGGAUAGAUGACUCUGCAGGGGCCUUGCUAGAGAUGGAUGCUUAGUUUGACCUGACAAUGAAGCCACUGACAGAACCUCCUUGGGGUCAUGAGACAUCUCUUUCCCCCACUUCAAUGUAACUUCGCCAUUUCAACUUCAGCCGCAUCUUGCCCUUGCCUACGCCUACAGGACAAUGGGUAGUGUCAGCAGCCUCCUCAGUGGCAACAGCCUCAACAGCAAACACUGCAAGGCGUCUCAGCAUAGGUUAAAAGAUGGAACAAGCAGCCACAGAAAGAGUGGCGGGUGCAACUUUGACGGGUUACUGAAGUGCGGCUUUACUCAGGGCUCCUCAUCCUCCACUCAUCCCUCUAAAGGCCUCUCCCACUCAAGGUCUGGAAGAAGUGAAGAUUUUUUUUACAUUAAGGUAAGCAAUAAACCAAGGUCAGUGUACCACAGAGAAAGAUCAGUGGAGGACCAGGUAAACAGAGACGGGGACUCUGAUGGGCAACUGCAACCAAAACUGCUGCUAAUGUCUGGAACUGUGACUGAGAGGACUUCUCCUGAGAAGUCAUUGGUCCGUUCCACUGCCUUCAAGUGCGCAACUCCCACGAGGACUUCCUCCGCAGAGACAGGCCACAACAUCCUGGACCACAUCCUUUGUCCUCUGAAGAAAGCAAGCAGCCCAAAUAUUAGAGACAAGCAAGACACUUCAGGCACUCUGUCCGACUCUGGACGUAACUCUAUGUCUAGUCUCCCCACCCACAGCACCAGCGGCAGCCUAAGUGCUUCCACAGGCCCUGUCAGUCACAGCGAUGGCAGCUCAGCUCCUGCAAAUAACUUCAGCAAGGGAAUACAACCCAAUUCCCCUCCAUGGGUCAACGGGAACAGCACUAACCUUGACUGUAGUUACAGCGCUGAUUUAAACAGCAGUGGGUUGGUAUCUAAGGCUAAUGAGGACGCUGGCUCCCCACUUUCUGCAGAUGAGCCAAGUUAUCUGUCUGAAACUGCAGGUGGGAUUCGGUCCCCCAUAACUACAGAUGAGUCACUGAUUGAAUGUUUGGAACAAAGGCUGCUGGAGCGAGAAACUGAACUACAGGAGCUGCAGGUGAGUUUCGAGGAAAAGGAAGCAGACACCUGCCAGCUGUUUGAGGAAAGACAAAGGUACUGUGCUGAGGAGAUGGAAGGGCUGAAACAGCGAUGCUCCACAAAGCUGCGCCAAGUGUCCCAAAUGGCUGCAAAAACACAGCAAACACUCCAGCUGCAGGUCAGCCAGCUCCAGGCAGAGAAGCAAAAGCUUCAGGAAGAUGUUUCUAAGCUAACUCGAGAGAAGGAGCUUAUUGAGCUCAGACUAAAGGCUUAUGAGGCAGAGAGCACACAGCUAGCUCCGACCCUCGAGGAAACUCAGUGGGAGGUGUGCCAAAAGACAGGAGAGAUCUCACUGUUGAAGCAGCAACUAAGAGACUGCCAAGCGGAUGUCGGUCACAAGCUAAAUGAGAUAGUCAGCCUCAGGGCAUCGCUGAAGGAAAGAACAGCAAAAAUGGAGAUUCUGGAGAAACAGAACAAAAACCACGAGGACAGUCUUCACUCUCGCACCAUAGAGCUUGAGGUGUGCCAAAAUGAGCUCCAGCGCAAAAAGAAUGAGGCAGAUUUUCUGAGAGAGAAAGUGGGCAAACUGGAGAAAGACGUUCAAGGAAUGAAACAGGAUCUGGUCACUGCCAAAGAGCAGAGGCUGCAGCACAGUUUGCAAUGUGGAGCCCAGUCCCUGUCUAAGGCCUUGGAAAUGCAAGGUUCACAAUCCACUGACCAGCGGCAAGAUGAGGAGAACAGUGAACACACCUCCACAGAAUCCCUCCAAAGAGAAGUGGACAGACAUAAGCAGGAGCUCAGGGAGGAGAAGAAAGCUCAAGAGAGGCUGGCCAGCAACUUCGAACAGGAGAGGCGGACAUGGAACAGGGAGAAAGACAGGGUUAUAAGGUACCAGAAACAGCUCCAGAUCAACUACCUGCAGAUGCACAGGAAGAACCAGGACCUGGAAAGGAUCCUGAGGGAGCUGACAGCUGAACUGGAAAGCCGAACAGAGCUAAGCAUGGACAUCAACUACAGCUCAGGGUUACAAACUUAUGACGAUGUUAUUGCCACAGAGAUUUGAAGGGAAAACUCACACUGUUUUUCUUUUCUUUUUUUCAAACCAUAAAUAAUUAUCUGUCUCAGUGUCUCAUGCAACAUCACAACUGCAAUACACUGCUAAUUAGUGUUUUUAAAGUUAUCUGACAGAAUAGUUUGGUGAUGACACUGUUAGCACUUUUUUUUAGAAGUGAAUAGUAAAUUAUUUAAUAUUCAAAUAUGUUUUUUCCAAUCUUUUGUUUACUGCUGUCUUACAGGAUUGCUUAAUGUUCAACUGAUUUAUUUGUUUCACAUCAAUACACAAUAAGCAUGGAGGCUGCUUAGCAUCUGUCUCUCCCAGCAUGACAAAAUGACAACGAUAUAUUGUCUAUUGUUAGUGUAGGUUUCUUCAUUUUUAACUUGCUUCAUUUAUCCAUCUCACUGUAUGCUCCCACACUGUCUAUUCAUAAUGGGAUUGAGCAUGGAAUGUAGUUUAAGCAUUUUUAUUAGUCAUUGUAAAACAAUGUACAGUCAUAAAUUGUAGCUAUUUGCUAUAGACACCAGAGUAACAAAGAAAUCCACAAAAUACAUAAUUAGGUCACAUUAAGCUGCCAUGCAUUUUCACUCUUCUACAGUAUAAUGAUAGGUCUAUAUGCAAACAGACAGCAGUGGCAUUAAUACAUUUUUUCUAGUUCUUUAAAAUUCAAAUUGUUACUAAGAAAUUUUGUGUGAUUAGCAAAUUUAGACUUCACUGAAAAGAGAGAGUCCUAAUAUCACUUAUACAACCUCACUCCC